AAUAUGUCUUACGUCUUAUAUAAUACAAACCGUACAGCCUAACACUUAACAUGUCUAAAAAAUAACCCCAAAUUCUCUUUGUUGUUUUAGAUUUGCAAAGACAGCACACACGCUAGCGCUCAAUCAUCUAAUCAUUUGUUUGGUCUCCAGUUUGUUGUCCAGGGGAAGUCCUUGUUUUGCAUCCAUUGGAGCUAGAAAAUGGCAAAGAUGCUGGGUGUCUUGCUCAUGAUUGGAGCAAUGAUGUUCGGAGUAAGAGCUGAGCCAACGGAAGAUAAACAAGCAUUGCUUGAUUUCCUUCACAACAUUAGCCACUCUCAUCAUCUGAUCAACUGGAACAAGAGCUCUUCUGUGUGCAAAAGUUGGAUAGGAGUGACCUGCAACUCUGAGCAAUCACAUGUUAUUGCCCUCCAACUGACCAGAACUGGAUUGAGUGGUCGAAUCCCACCCAACACUCUUAGCCGUCUCUCAGCGCUCCAAACUGUGAGUCUAGCCUCAAAUAGCAUAACUGGUUCUUUCCCUUCUGAUUUCUCUCAGCUAAAUAACUUGAUCUAUCUGUAUCUCCAAUUCAACAAAUUUUCUGGUCCAUUGCCAUCAGACUUUUCAGUAUGGAAGAAUCUUAGUAUUGUCAAUUUGUCCAACAAUUCUUUUAAUGGGAGCAUCCCAUUUUCACUUUCAAAUUUGACUCAUCUCUCUUCUUUAGUUCUAGCCAACAACACCCUUUCGGGUGACAUUCCUGAUCUCACUAUUCCUACCCUGCUGGAGCUGAAUUUUGCCAACAAUAACCUUAGUGGGGUUGUGCCCGAAUCGUUGGAGAGAUUUCCAAGGGGCGCAUUUUCUGGUAACAACCUUGCUUCUUCACAUGCUCUUUCUCCUUCUUUUCUUAUUAAACCCCGAAAUUCUCAUCCAACAAGGAAAAAAUCCAAAGGGCUGCGAGAACCAGCAUUGUUGGGUGUCAUUAUUGGUGCUUGCGUGCUGGGAAUUUCAGUGAUAACAGCUUUUGUGAUUGUGUGUUUCUAUGAGAAAGGUGGUAGAAGUGGACAACAAGUGAAGUCUCAGAAAGGAGAAGCAUCCAGGAAAAAGGAAGGUUCUGAAAGUCGAGACAACAACAGAAUUGUUUUCUUUGAGGGUUGCACUCUUGCAUUUGACUUGGAGGACUUGUUGAGAGCAUCUGCUGAAGUGCUUGGAAAGGGCACGUUUGGGACAGUGUAUAAGGCUGCUCUAGAAGACGUAACAACCGUGGCAGUGAAAAGAUUGAAGGAUGUCAUUGUCGGAAAACGCGAGUUUGAACAACAGAUGGAGAUGGUCGGGAGGAUUAGGCACGAUAAUGUGGCUGCUUUAAGGGCAUAUUACUAUUCAAAGGAGGAGAAACUUAUGGUAUAUGAUUACUACGAACAGGGCAGUGUGUCUUCAAUGUUGCAUGGCAAAAGAGAAGGAAGUAGAGUUUCUUUAAACUGGGAUAGCCGUUUGAAAAUAGCAAUUGGUGUAGCAAGAGGCAUUGCUCACAUCCAUGCUCAACAAGGAGGAAAACUCCUCCAUGGAAACAUAAAGUCCUCUAACAUCUUCCUCAACCCAAGAGGAUAUGGUUGUGUAUCUGACAUUGGACUUGCAACACUGAUAAAUCCAGCAACGAGAACAACAGGAUACCGUGCCCCAGAAGCCACGGACACCAGAAAAUCGGUAGCCGCAUCUGAUGUCUAUAGUUUUGGGGUGCUGCUACUUGAGCUUCUAACUGGGAGGUUUCCCUUACAUGCCAAAGGAGGUGAGGAAGUUGUGCACUUGGUUAGAUGGGUGAAUUCAGUGGUUAGAGAGGAGUGGACUGCAGAAGUGUUUGAUGUGGAGUUGCUGAGGUAUCCUAAUAUUGAGGAGGAAAUGGUUGAAAUGCUGCAAAUAGGGAUGGCAUGUGUUGUGAGAACACCAGAUCAGAGGCCAAAAAUUGGUGAUGUGGUGAGAAUGGUGGAGGAAAUUCGUAGGGUAAAUGCCGAAAAUAGAUCAUCCACUGAAUCAAGGUCAGAAGGUUCCACUCCAACCCCUCAUUCCAUUGAGAUACCUUCAACCUCUUUUGCAUAUUGACAUUCCUUUGGUUGAUUGAGAAGUUGUUAGAGAUGUAAUUUAGUCACUCUCAAUUUCAAUUUUGACCAUGACAUAACAGUGAAGUUGGUAACAAAAUUGAUGCUAAGUAGUUAACCUACAAAAGAUAUAGCAAAGUGAAGAUGGGUCCCUA